CUCAGCGCCACCGUGUAGCGCCGUGUCGAAAUAUUUCCGGGAGAAACAACGAUAAAAGAAAAUGAGUUCUGCAGAGAAAAAGAAUUCUAAUAAUUGUUGUUGUGUAGUGGGGUGCAAAAAUACAAGAAAAAAUACAAAAAAUGUUCGUUUUUACUCAUUUCCAAAUCGUCCAUGGGAAAUAGAGCGAAAAAAGAAAUGGAUAACUGUGGUGCGACGUUUGACUAAAGACGGAAAGCCAUGGAUGCCUACGAAAAAUUCAACAAUAUGCAGCAUUCAUUUUGUUGGUGGAGUAAAAUCGGAUAAUCCCGGGAACGAAGCAUUUUGUCCAACUAUUUUUCCACCCAUUUGUAGAAAAAAAACAUCAGUUAAUUCUGAUAGAGCCAAACGUUUAGAAGCUAGACGAAAGAAUGUAGAAGCUUUAUGUGCGUCAAGUAGUGAUUAUGAUAUAGAUGUGUCAAAUCAUUGUCAUUCAGUUCCAUCUAUAACAGUUGAAACGAAUGAGAUUGGUAUUCAGACAGAUGCUUCUUAUGUGGUGGAAGAAGAUGAUGUUCCAAGCAUUAUUUUUUGCUCUAUAGAUUCU